AUGUCCGUCCUCGUCUGGCCUUUUCUAAUUCGCAUCGUUUCCUCCAGCGUUUUCCUGCUUGCUUCUCUUGCCGCGAAUGUGUGCACGGAAGUGAAGCGGAGAGAAGAAUUCUUGACGUGGCUGGCUGUCUCUGUUUUGGACCAAUGCAAACAGAGCAUAAGUGAUAUCGCAGUGAAAGCUCAUAUCACGUAUGCUUCUGACCUCAUUGGAGAGAGUCUCGAGCUCCUUACUCGCUGUCCGAACAUCUACGCUACCUACGUGGAUAAACGGUUGCGAGAGCAGACAGGGACAAUCGUCGCGGCUCUCCGAUCGGGUAUCUCUGUCUCUUGGUUUGAGCUGGAUCUACAGACAGGCAACCGUGUUCUAGUUGAAGUUGGCUAUGCGUUGCUUAAGUCUCUCGCGGAAGGGUGGAGCUGCGAAGAUAUUGUUUUGCGGAACUUCCUCUGGAGGACUGACCAAUAUUAUCAGGAUAAUCCCUACCAUAAUGCGGUACACGGUGCCAUGGUGGCCUUCAUGAUGGCACGCAUGUUGAAUGCGCUCAAAGUCUUUUCUGAUUGUCAUGUGGUAGCGUUGACAGCGGCUCGCCUGGCUUCCCUGUGCCAUGACGUCGGCCAUCCUGCUCGAAACAAUGCCUUCCUGACGAGUAGUUCACACCUAGCGAGCAUCAUAUACAAUGAUUCAUCUGUCCUGGAGAAUUUUCACGCGGCCCUCACCUUCCGCAUUCUCUCUAGUGGGGGUUGCAACAUCUUCGAGAAGACGUCCCCUGAGUUUUUCAGGAGCGUUCGGGGACUGGUGAUCGAUCUGAUCCUAGCGACAGACAUGAAGAGUCAUUUCGACUUUCUCACAAGAGUGAGAAACAGGAAGAAGUCGCCGGAGUUCAACAUGUCACAGAAUGCCGAGGAUCAAUACUUAAUAACGGAAGGCUGUAUUAGGGCGGCGGACAUAAGUCACGGACUGGUGAAUUGGGACGAGCACUUUGAGUGGUCAAUGCGGGUAACUCUAGAAUUUUAUCUUCAAGGCGACGAGGAGAAGCGGCUUGGGCUUCCGGUUUCUCCUCUGUGUAACCGUGAUCAAGCUACCCAGCUUCCCACGUCCCAAGUCGGCUUCCUUACGUACGUCGUUAUGCCUCUCCUUGUGGAGCUCCAGCCCACAGACGACCAUGACACGUUCAUGGCCUCGUUGUUAUCAAUUUUGACAGCCAACACGAACAAAUGGGAAGCUAUGCAAGGCAAAGAGGUAGACACACCGACUUCUUUUACAGAGUUUGAACGGAAGUUGCGAGGAAAGAAUAUGACGUUGGAUGUACCAGCGCUGACUCGAGAGGACCUUGGCACUGAGGGGCCUGUGACAUUGGGGAAGCAUCUUGACGAGGCUGAGAAACAGAGGACCUUGCAGGAGAAGGCGGAGUAA